AUGACUGCCGUGAGUUUAUUUUGGGGUAAAAAGUCCAAGCCUUGUUCCUUGUUCACUGCUCACCUCAACACCCCGUAUGUUGUCUUUGAGAUUCAUUUUUCUGUCAAUGCCUGCUUGGCCCCCAUCUGCUCCUUGCACCAUGUUGCUGUGACCACCGUGGAAGGCAUAGGAAACACCCAGAAGCUACAUCCUGUACAGGAGAGAAUUGCCAGAAGCCAUGGUUCCCAGUGUGGGUUCUGCACUCCUGGCAUUGUCAUGAGUAUGUACACACUGCUCCGGAACCAGCCUGAGCCUACUGUUGAGGAGAUCGAGAAUGCCUUCCAAGGAAACCUCUGUCGCUGUACAGGCUACAGACCCAUCCUCCAGGGAUUCCGGACCUUUGCCAAGGUAAGCGGGGCCCUGGAAUGGGGACAGCCUACCCGUGAAGCAGGAACCUGCAAAAAGUACAGUGGGAAGGAUGCCAAAGACCUCAGGUCUACUGGGAAGAAGGAUGAGGCGAGCCAGUGUCUUCCUACUAGGGAUAUGUGCUAA